AUGGCGUCUAUCAUCGAGUUGCUCAGCCGGGCUGAGAGGCAGUCCACGAAGAAUUGUACUAUUGAUACUUGCCCCGUCAGCAGCUCGGUCUACGGCUACUACCCAAACAAGCCUGUGACUCUUAUUCUGGUCGUCCUCUUUGGACUCUCGAUGAUUGCACAUAUCGUUCAGGGCCUCAGAUCAAGAUCUUGGACCUUUCUGGUCGCAUUAGGAAUUGGAUGUUUUGGGGAGAGUGUUGGAUAUGUUGGCCGUUACUUGCUGAGAAGCGAUCCUUGGAGUCGGGCAUAUCUCGGAAUUCAGCUUGUUUGUUUGACAGUAUCGCCGGCGUUCAUUGCUGGUGGCAUCUAUCUCACUCUGAAGCAUGUUAUUAUCAUUUACGGCUCAAGAUUCUCUCGAAUUGCUCCGAGGUUGUACACUUGGAUCUUUGUUAGUUGCGAUAUCUUGUCGAUUCUCAUUCAGACAUCUGGAGCAGUCAUCGCCUCCCGAGGAACCGGUAAAGUCAGCACUGGCAACAACGUGAUGAUGCUUGGACUUGUACUCCAAGUUGUGACCCUCGCCAUCUUUGGCGGCAUGGCUCUUGACGUUUAUUUCCGCAUAAAGAAAUUCUCCGGGCAACACAACGAGUCUAAUCGUGCUCUUCGACACUCUAAGCGCUUCAAGUGGCUUCUGAUCUCCAUCUUUAUAUCGUAUAUCGCUAUCUUCCUACGCUGCAUCUACCGUAUCGCUGAGAUGGCUGGAGGCUGGAGGAAUCCCAUUAUGCAGGAUGAAGUAUCGUUCAUCAUCCUCGAUGGUGUGUUGUGCUGGAUUGCCGUGUUGGUGUUGAAUAUCUUCCAUCCUGGAUUCUUAUUCAAGGAGUCUUACGCUACAAUCCAAAGGGAGAAGGAUGUUCAAUCUGAGACGCCCACUGAUCACGAGGCUCCUUUGGAAUCUGUGCCUAUGGCCACGAAGGCUUAG